AUGAGAAGAUAAAAAACAAAUCGAGAUAAAGUUGCUUUUCAGAGCUGCAAUCAGGAAGGAAAAGUCAGUGAUUUUGCUAUAAUUUUGAAAAAGGAAAGCGAAUGCUUUUGUCCAGGCGAGAAUAUAAUUGGUCAUAUCGAAAUUAAGAUGGUGCCAAAAAUUGAAAUAUAUCAGCUGCAUUAUUUGAUCAUUGGAACAGGCAAUUUUAAUAAUUCACUGAAGGAAGAAUUACCAUGUUGGUUACCAACAUCGAUAGAAACAAGAAGAUUCAGUGUAAGAUAUCUUAUCAAGGCAUCACUUGUGUAUCAAUCUGUGAAUAAAGAUGAAGGUGAAACGAGUCAGGGAAAGUUAGUAGCACUCCGUGGCUUUACAAUUAUUGAAUCUCUCGAUCUCAAUCUUCUUUCUUCGGCUUUUUUCAAGUCACAAGCUAUUCAGAAUGUUAAAAAAUUUGGUUUCUUUUCUUGUACUGGUGGUCACGUCAAACUGGUUAUAUCUAUUCCUCGAACAGCCUUUGUCUGCGGGGAAUACAUUCAUUUCGAAGGUCGGAUAGAAAAUAAAUCAGAUCAUCGCGUUGAAAAAGUGGCUGUUAUUCUCGAAAAAAAUUUAGUUUAUCAGCAUUUAGAAGAAGAAAAUCUUGUUGAUACACUCGAAAUCACAGAGGAAAAUUUGGCCUUAUAUGUUGACGAUGGAGCUACGAUAAGGAUUGAUAAAUAUUUCUCUAUACCGUCUCUACCCCCAUCUACUGCAACAGAGGAUUUGAUUGACAGCAAAAAUAACAACAAGCUAUUUGUACAAACUGCAGCAAAUAUAACUCCAAUAGGUCCUCGUGGAAGUAUAUUUUCAAUUAAUAGUGUUACGCACGCCAAUAAUGUUAAAAAGAUGAAACAAAAUUCAGUUGUGCACCAAAAAAAACGAAUCGUAAUUAUAUCUUAUUCAUUACUGAUAGUUGUAAAGACGAGCGGCGUUGAUAUAAUUCGAGAACGAAUACCAAUCGUUAUAGGUUCAAUUCCAAGCUGUUCCAUUUUCGAAAGUGAAGAUUUGAUUCGUCUAAGCGAAGAUAACAUGAAAACUAACCGAAAAUAUUCGAUGAAUCCUAUAUAUCGAUGCAAACCUCUUGAAAAGCCAAUAAAAUUACAAAAACAAGACGAAUUUCAAAUUUGCAAUGAGGCGCAAUUGAAUUAUAUCAACAAAUAUCCAUUUUUCACUGAACUACCAACGUCAUCGAAACAAAGUCGAAAAAUAAAAGUUUUAAUAAAUUCUGUUGAAUGUGAAAAUUUGCUUAAAUCGGAUGAAAGUCAUGAACAAGGUGAAUAUUUAUUAAUGCAUUAG